CUACAGGCCGUUAAUUACCUAGGUAUAUUACACGGCUCAGAUCUACCGGCACCCAUCAUCAAACCCACAACACCACGCACUAACCUAUCCCAAAAUGGACCUCCCCUUCAAGCUCACAGACCCCACCCUCUUCAAGCCCAGGUGCUACGUCCACGGCCAAUGGGUAGGGACCAAGUCCAACAAGACCUUCGACAUAGAAGACCCAGGCACGGGGAAGGUAUGGGCGUCCUGCCCCGACAGCGAGGCCGCCGACGUCGACGCGGCGGUGCAGUCGGCCCACGCGGCCUUCGGGCCCUACAGCCGCCUCACGCCCCGCCGGCGCGCGGAGCUGCUCAUGGCGUGGCACCAGCAGGUCGUGGCGCACCGCGACGACAUCGCGCGCAUCCUCGUCUACGAGACGGGCAAGCCCCUGGCCGAGGCGCAAGGGGAGCUCGACUACAGCCUCGGGUUCACGUGGUGGUUCUCGGGCGAGGCGGACCGCGUGCAGGGCAGCGUGUUCAACAGCGCCGCGGCCGGGCGCCGCACCUUUGUGAUAAAGCAGCCGGUCGGCGUCGCCGCCGCGCUGUGCCCGUGGAACUUCCCCAUCGCCAUGGUCCUGCGCAAGGCGGGCGCCGCCCUCGCCGCGGGCUGCACGAUGGUCGUCAAGCCGAGCCCCGAGACGCCCGCCACGACGCUGGUGCUCGCGGAGCUCGCCACGCGCGCCGGGUUCCCGCCGGGCGCGCUCAACGUGCUCACGACGGGCCUGGGCAACACGCCCGCCGUGGCGGAGGCGCUGUGCCUGCACCCGCUGGUGAGGAAGGUCACGUUCACGGGGAGCACGCGGGUGGGCAAGAUCAUCUCGGGCCUGUGCGCGCGGAACCUGAAGAAGGUGACGCUCGAGCUGGGCGGGAACUGCCCCUUCAUCGUGUUCGACGACGCGGACCUGGACCAGGCGCUCGGGCAGCUCAUGGCGCUGAAGUGGAGGCACGCCGGGCAGGCGUGCAUCUCCGCGAACCGGGUGUUUGUGCAGGCGGGCAUCCACGACAGGUUCGUCGGGGCGCUGGCGGCGCGGACGAGGGGGCUGAGGGUCGGGCACGGGAUCGAGGAGGGGACCACGAUGGGGCCCGUCACGACGCCGCGGGGGCUGGACAAGGCGGAGCAGCUGCACGCCGACGCCGUGGCGAAGGGGGCGGAGGUCGUCAUUGGCACGGGGAGGAGGGAGGGCGGCGCGGGGGGUUACUUCAUGGCGCCGACCAUCCUCACGGGCGUGACGGACGAGAUGGGGCUGGCGAGGGAGGAGAUGUUUGCGCCGGUCCUCGGCGUCUUCAGGUUCGACUCGGAGGAGGAUGUGGUGCGGAGGGCCAACGACACGAGCAUGGGCCUGGCGAGCUACGUCUUCACCAAGGAUGUCGACCGCCUGUGGCGCAUGUUUGAGAAUCUGGAGGCCGGGAUGAUCGGUCUGAACACCGGGAACCAGUCCGCGGCUGAGUCCCCAUUUGGAGGCAUCAAGGAGAGCGGCAUGGGCAAGGAGAGUGGCAAGGACGUCGCCAUCAAUGAGUUCUUGAUCCAGAAGACGGGGACGCUGACGUUGCAGGAUCACUACUGA